CCAUCCCGUGGCAUUUGCUGGGGGAAGGAGCUCUGGGUGCCGGGAGCUGGAUGGUUUCCUGAGGAGGCUGACGCAGGGGAGCUGCCGGAUGACGCCGGGAGCUGCCGGUGGGUGAGGGACCCCCCGGUCUCCGCAUGGAUGGGAAUGGGGAGACCUGCCGGCAGUAGGAGCCCGGGACAGCUGGAAAACCCCGGCCUCUUCCUCCGCACGCUCCUCCUCCUCCUCCUCUGCAGGCAUGUCUCUUCCCAGUGCAAGAUCCUGCGCUGCAACUCGGAGUACGUGGCGGCGACGCUGCCCCUGCGCGGCCCCGGCCGGGGCGCCGCGUUCUGCACCGCGCUCCGCUCCUACUCCCGCUGCACCCGCCGCACCGCCCGCACGUGCCGCGGCGACCUGGCCUUCCACUCGGCCGUGCACGGCAUCGAGGACCUCAUGAUCCAGAACAACUGCUCCAAGGAAGGGCCCACGGCGCCGCCCCGGCCCCGGCCGCCCGCCCCCGAGCGCCAGGGCUUCGAGUCGCUCGACGUCUGCGACUACGAGCGCAGCUUCCUCUACAAGCACGGCCGCCCGCCCGCCUUCCAGCACUGCGCCGCCUUCGGGGACCCCCACAUCCGCACCUUCCACCACGACUUCCACACGUGCCGGGUGGAGGGCUCCUGGCCGCUCCUGGACAACGACUACCUGUUCGUGCAGGCCACCAGCUCGCCGGUGGCCAAGGGGUCCAACGCGACGGUCACCAGCAAGCUCACCAUCAUAUUCAAGAACAUGAAGGAAUGCAUCGACCAGAAGGUCUACCAGGCCGAGCUGGACAACGUCCCGGCGGCCUUCCAGGACGGCUCGGUGAACGGGGGCGCGCGGCCGGGCGGGAGCAGCCUGGCCAUCCGCGAGCGCGCGCCGGGGCGGCACGUGGAGAUCCGCGCCGCCUACAUCGGCACCACCAUCGCCGUGCGCCAGGCCGGCCGCCAGCUCUCCUUCUCCAUCCGCGCCGCCGAGGAGGUGGCCCGGGCCUUCACGGAGGAGCAGGACCUGCAGCUGUGCGUGGGCGGCUGCCCCCGCAGCCAGCGCCUGUCCCGCAGCCCCCGCGGGCGCGGGCGCGUGCCGGCCGACACGGCGCGGGCGCUGUGCCGGGAGAUGCUGCCGGUGGAGGACGUCUACUUCCAGUCGUGCGUCUUCGACGUGGUGACCUCGGGCGACGCCAACUUCACCAUGGCGGCCCGCGGCGCGCUGGAGGACGCCCGGCUCUUCCUGCCCGACGCCGAGAAGCUCCACAUCUUCCAGGCCGGGGCGAGCUGCCCGCGCGUGUCCUCGUCCCCCCUCCUCCUCCUCCUCCUCCUCAGCUCUGCUCUUUGGGUGGUUUUGUUGCACUUUUAACCCCCUGCCCGCUCCCUGUGGGACCCGGGAGAGCGGCUGGCUCCGGAUCCGUGGCUGCGACCGGGAAAGACGCCUCACCUUGGAUCAGGGAUCUCCGCAGCUGAAAGGAAUUGGAGGCCUGGACCACGGGAAAGGGGAGAGGUGACCCCCCGGUUUGCACUCACUGCUCUCGCAUGGGUGGUGCCAGCUGAUCCCAGCUCCUCUCCUCAAGGCACAUCCCAGUUUUUCGGUUCGAUUCUCACGUGUUCCUUUUUCCCUAAGGAUGUGACGUUGCGGCAAAAUAAACACCCAGGGUUAGAAACCCCCUCUGCCCCUCA